UUGUAUCACUUUAUUCGAAAUAUUACAAGAUGACUGGCCGUGGAAAGGGAGGAAAGGGAUUGGGAAAGGGAGGAGCGAAGCGGCAUCGUAAAGUACUUCGUGAUAAUAUCCAAGGUAUCACAAAGCCUGCAAUACGUCGUUUGGCUCGCCGUGGCGGUGUCAAACGUAUAUCUGGUCUCAUCUAUGAAGAAACUCGUGGUGUUCUGAAAGUCUUCCUGGAAAACGUUAUCCGUGACGCAGUUACCUACACCGAGCACGCCAAACGAAAGACUGUAACUGCUAUGGACGUUGUCUAUGCGCUCAAGAGGCAAGGACGUACUCUCUACGGUUUUGGAGGUUAAGUGCAACAUCAUUGACGUGCGGUUGUCAUCAAUCGUCAAACAAACGGCCCUUUUCAGGGCCACAAUUACUUGGAACUGAGAACUCUUUUGUUCAACUUUAAUUUUUCCUGCAAUCUUGA